AUGGGAGAUGCUAUCAAGUCUGGGGCUGCACCAUCUAAGCCCAAGACUACUCCCAAGCAAUCGUCACAAGCUCAAGCUCCAAAGCCAACAUCACCCAAGAGAUCCACAAGAAAUAUCUCAGAGAAGAAAAAGGCCCCAGUGCCUGAGGUUCAAGAAGAGGAAGAGCCCCAAGUGCUCAGAAAACUCAAGCCAAAGAUUCCAGACCAUGAUGACAACCAUCCUAUUGCUGAAAACAUGAAAUUGAGGAAAGAUGCAGGUCUCAGACUACGGAGGCAGACAGACCCAUAUGCAACAAGGAUAAGGACUGCUGUGGAUUACAGAUUUCACACCAAAGAGCAGCAGGACUUCUUUGAGACAAUUCUGUUGGACAAGAAGCCCAUAGUCAGUAACAUGAGAUGGGUUGACUGGCAGUUCAUUGGUGACAAUGAAGACUACUUUCCCGAAGUUCAUGAGAGCUUCAGAAUGAAUGGAGUGGACACAUUUGUUGUUCAGAAGCUGACUAAAUCCAAUGAUGAAAUGGAAUGA